CCAUCUAAGCUUAUCUCGUCCCGGGCCCAGGCAAGACUGUCAGCUGGCCUGCGUUGAACACACAAUGAGGAACUUCACCUUGAUAACAGCUUUACUUCUCUGCAGCCUCAGCUGGAUCUCUGUCUCAGCUUCUGAGUCUCACACUGUGGAGGUCCAGUCUGGUGGAGACGUCACUCUGAUGUGCUCCAACAUUUCCAGCGUUCCAACUCUGACAGAAUGGUUCAGAGUGAUCAACAGAACCAAGCCCAGCUGUGUCUCCUCUAUGUACCCAUAUGAUAGCAAUGCUUCGUUCUGUGGUGGAUUUCAAAAUAGAUUUGAGAUGAGCUCCAACAUCUCUAAUGUCUAUCUUAAAAUCAAGAGAGUGGAUUUAUCUGACUCUGGUUUGUAUUUCUGUGGAUUAUACUUGAAAAAACAUACAGUCAUCGUCGGUGCAACAUAUCUAAAAGUCCAAGGUAACAGUGAAUCUGAUUUUGGAGUGGAUUUAAAUACUGAAAAGGAGUCUGAUGGAAUGACAAACGUCAUGAGUGUGAUCCUGGGUGCUCUGACUUUUCUGACUGUUUUCCUCACUAUAGUCAUCAUUGUUCUGACUGUUAAAAUCAGGAAACUUCAGACAGCUGUGAAUGAAGAACAGCAGCCAGAAAGAAACAAGGAUCUGGGCUCAGAUGAACUGAACUACGCAGCUCUAAAUUUCCAGGCAAAACCCAAAAGAAGCCGCAGGCCUGCAUCAGAGAGAGAGCUGGAGACACAUGUUGUGUAUGCUGCCACCAGAGAGACUCAGGAAACAUCUGGAACUGCAGCUCAGACUGGAACCGAUGCUUCAUUAUGUUAAUCUGCUGAUGUAUUUUUAUGUGUGGACAGUGUGUGGAACUAGCUGUACAAUUGCUAAAAUAGUUCAUCCCUUUAAAUAAACUCCCUUAACUACUUUA